AUGGAUACAGAAAUGUACGAUGAGUUUGGGAAUUAUAUCGGACCUGAGUUGGAUUCCGAUGAAGAGGAAGAAGAUGAGGAGGUAGACAAUGAUAUGUCACCAUCACAUGACCUUGAUCGGCAAGAAGAUGACGAUGAUAAUGAUGUUGAUAUGGAUGACAGUGGAAUUGCAAAAACUGGGAUGGAAGUUGUUUUACAUGAAGACAAAAAAUAUUAUCCAACCCAUGAAGAAGUUUACGGGGAAGAAGUCGAGACAAUAGUGCAAGAGGAAGAUGCACAGCCACUGACUGAACCGAUAAUUGCUCCGAUAAGAAGGAAGAAGUUCGCACUCAUGGUUCAAGAUCUACCUAACACUACAUAUGAUAUGGAAUAUCUUGCUGAUCUUAUGGACUCACCAGAACUUAUAAGAAAUGUUGUUAUUGCAGGACAUUUGCACCAUGGAAAGACAAAUUUUGUCGAUUGUCUGAUCGAACAAACUCAUCCAGAUAUUGCAAAGAAAGAAGCUAAAGACUUGAGAUUUACCGACACAUUAUUGACUGAACAAGAACGUGGAUUAAGCAUUAAAUCACAACCUGUUACUCUGGUAUUGCCUGAUACAAGAGGCAAAAAUUAUCUUAUCAAUGUUAUGGAUUCUCCAGGUCAUGUCAACUUUUCAGAUGAGGUAACGGCUGCAAUGCGUCUGAGUGACGGUGUAGUUCUAUUCGUUGAUGCAUCUGAAGGUGUGAUGUUGAAUACGGAACAGUUAUUGAAGCAUGCAGUGCAGGAACGACUUGCAAUCACUCUCUGCAUCAACAAAAUUGACAGAUUGAUGUUGGAAUUGAAACUUCCACCCACUGAUGCUUAUUAUAAGCUCAGACAUAUUGUUGAUGAAGUCAAUUCUUUGCUAAGCACAUACAGUGAUGAAGAGGAUACCCCGUUAAUUUCUCCGCUACUUGGAAAUGUCUGUUUCGCCAGUGCUCAAUAUUCUUGUUGUUUUACGCUGCAGUCGUUUUCAAAAAUCUAUGCCGAUCAUUAUGGUGGAGGUUUGGAUUAUAAGGCUUUUGCAAAACGAUUGUGGGGUGAUGCUUACUUCAAUCAGAAAACGCGAAGAUUUUACAAGAAACCUCCUCAUACCAAUGCUCAAAGAAGCUUUGUCGAAUUCAUAUUAGAACCUUUAUACAAGAUAUUUGCACAGGUAGUUGGAGAUGUUGAUAGCACAUUACCUCGUGUAUUGGAAGAAAUUAAUGUUCACGUAACAAAGGAAGAAUUGAAGCAAAAUAUUCGUCCUCUAUUAAGACUGGUUUGCUCCAGGUUCCUUGGCAGCUUUACUGGAUUUGUUGACAUGUGUGUCGAUCACAUUCCAUCACCAGAACAGGGUGCAAGACGUAAAGUUGAACAUACUUACACUGGUCCAUUAGAUGACUCAGAACUUGCUCAGUCAAUGUUGAAGUGUGAUCCUGAUGGUCCUCUGAUGGUUCACACUUGCAAAAUGUACUCAACUGAGGACGGAGUGAGUUUCCGAGUGUUUGGACGAGUAUUGAGUGGGACUGUACAUUCUAAUGAACAAGUUAAAGUUCUCGGAGAAAAUUACAGUCUCGAAGACGAAGAAGAUUCAAGGGUUGUUACGGUCGGCCGACUCUGGAUAUCUGAAGCUAGGUACACAGUGGAAGUGAAUCGUGUUCCAGUCGGUAAUUGGGUAUUGAUGGAAGGAGUGGAUGAACCGAUUGUAAAAACUAGUACAAUCACCCAAGCUCGAGGAAAUGAGGAAGCUCAAAUUUUCAGACCUCUGAAGUUCUGCACAAGCUCUGUAGUAAAAAUUGCAGUGGAACCAGUCAAUCCUUCAGAACUUCCUAAAAUGUUGGAUGGUUUGAGAAAAGUUAACAAAAGUUAUCCGUUAAUUACAACAAAGGUAGAGGAAUCAGGUGAACAUGUUGUUCUUGGAACCGGUGAAUUAUAUCUCGAUUGUGUGAUGCAUGAUUUACGAAAAAUGUACGCUGAAAUUGACAUCAAAGUUGCUGAUCCUGUUGUUGCAUUCUGUGAAACUGUCGUCGAAACAUCGUCAUUAAAAUGUUUUGCUGAAACUCCAAACAGAAAGAACAAGUUGACAAUGAUUGCAGAACCACUCGAGAAAGGUUUGGCUGAAGAUAUCGAAAACGAAGUCGUACAAAUUGGAUGGAACAGGAAAAGACUCGGAGAAUUUUUUCAAACUAAAUACGAUUGGGAUUUACUUGCUGCUCGUUCUAUAUGGGCGUUCGGACCUGAUAAUACAGGUCCCAACAUCCUAGUUGAUGACACUCUACCAUCUGAAGUUGACAAAGCAUUACUGGGAUCAGUGAAAGAUAGCAUUGUGCAAGGAUUCCAAUGGGGAACAAGAGAAGGACCUCUGUGUGAUGAACCAAUCCGAAACGUCAAGUUCAAAAUUCUUGAUGCCGUGAUCGCAUCAGAUCCGUUACAUAGAGGCGGAGGACAAGUUAUACCGACUGCACGACGUGUGGCAUAUUCUGCUUUCCUUAUGGCAACACCGAGAUUAAUGGAACCAUACAUGUUCGUGGAAGUCAUUGCUCCUGCUGAUUGUGUUUCUGCUGUUUAUACUGUACUUGCAAGAAGAAGGGGUCAUGUGACACAAGAUGCUCCAGUACCAGGGUCACCAUUAUAUACAAUCAAAGCAUUCCUUCCUGCUAUCGAUUCAUUUGGAUUUGAAACUGACCUGAGAACUCACACGCAGGGACAAACUUUUUGUUUAUCAUUAUUCCAUCACUGGCAGAUCGUACCUGGUGAUCCUCUCGACAAAAACAUAGUUAUUCGACCCCUGGAACCACAACCUGCCACUCAUCUCGCACGAGAGUUCAUGGUAAAAACAAGGAGGAGAAAAGGACUGAGUGAGGAUGUCUCGAUCAGCAAAUUUUUCGACGAUCCUAUGUUGUUAGAAUUGGCUAGGCAGGAUGUCAUGUUCAACUAUCCCAUCUAGGGAUGGAUUGGAUGACUGUUUUGUGUCCUAUUGGGGUAUUGCUGAGUUAGGGGUAAGACCAAUCAUGAUAUGCGAUUCAUUAUUUUUACGAAAUGUUUGGGUUUUGAUAUUCUGGUUAAUGGCAAGCUUGAGGAAAAUUUGUACAUUCAGUUUUGCAACUGUCCUGCAAUAUUAAAUGUUCCCUUGCGUCUCAAUGACACCCAAUCAUAAUCUCUUUGUCCAUCUUCUGACUGUUUCCCUAGAUUUUCAUUCCUUGAAGUAAAAUACCAGGAAUUGUGAAAAAAAUUUCCUUGCUCAAUUUUGGGCCAUCAAAAUUGAGACAAAAUCCUUCCAAAUAGAGCUUAGAGCUCAAUAACAAAAUUUGUUCAAUCUGGUUAAAAUUGAUGUUCAAACUGAUGGACUUUUUUUUCUCUAUUGAGCAGUUACAGAAACACCGAAUCGGUCUUCUUUUUUUUGCAUAUUACCCCCUGGUCAGUAGUUGAAAUUGCCUCACUUUCAACUUCCAUAACUCGUCGGAGGCUGAUAUAUUCUAAUCUGAACAUCUUUUCUACUGUAGAGAAGUGAAUAAAGAAAACUGCCAUGGACUUUUGAUUUUUACAUAUGCAUUAAAAGAUUGAGAUGACCAUUG